GUUAAGAUUCAGGUAGGAUUGGUCAUUUUUCCUGCAGGCUGAGGGAAAGGCGUGUUGGCCAGCCGUGGACACUACCAACGUCAGCUGCAGAGGGGUGGUCUUUCUCACACGCUUGGUUAAAUGUAAACAGCUCGACCGCACAAAUAUAGCGCAGCCCAUGCGUUGCUUUUAAAAAUCGAGGGAAAGCGAUACAGUUUAGCAGACGAGUUUCCGGUCUAUUCCUUUGGCGUUUGUCACCCCUCCUACACACGGUUGGGAAAUUCCCUCCAUAUGUAUAGUGAUUUGUUAGUGUUGGGGAGCCCGAUGGGGUUGAGUUCGCAGCUCGGGAUUAUGUGCUAGACUGGCCAGUACGGAGCAAGAAUCAAAUAGUUACAUGAAGGAAGGUUUGUUUGGGAAUACUUUAGGAAUACGUGGAUUUAUCGUCACCAACAAGAGUCUGGCUGUGAGGCUGGUGUGAGUGUAUGUUGAUCCAUUAGAAGCUGUUGGUUGUGAAUGAGAUUCAGUUUGUUUAUGUGUGUGUGUCUGAGUUAUCUGAACCCAUCGUAAGUGGGAGGUGCUCAGGGGUGGAGCUCCAGUUAGGGGCAGAAAUCUACAGGCUGCAGCCUCUCAAACAUGAGCAAACUGAAUUUCCACAAUAACAAGAUGAUGCAGGACCGCCGGUGUGUGUGUGUGUUCCUCCCGAAUGAUGAAACGCUCAACGUCAUUGUCAGUGUUAAGACGGUGUGUCAGGAGUUGUUGGUGCAGGUCUGUGAUUUGCUUAGGUUGAAGGACUGUCACCUGUUCGGCCUCAGUGUUAUUCAGAACAAUGAACACAUAUACAUGGAACUGGGACAGAAACUGUCAAAAUAUUGUCCAAAAGAGUGGAAACGGGAGGCCAGCAAGGGAAUUGACCAGUUUGGACCUCCGAUGAUAGUUCACUUCAGAGCACAGUAUUAUGUGGAGAAUGGCAGACUUAUCAGUGAUCGUGUGGCACGGUAUUAUUACUACUGGCACUUGAGGAAGCAGGUACUGCAGUCUCAGUGUAUCCAAAGAGAGGAGGCCUAUUUCCUGAUGGCGGCAUUUGCUCUGCAGGCUGACCUGGGAAACUUCAAACGGAACAAACACUUUGGUGCCUAUUUCCAGCCGGAAGCUUACUUUCCCUCCUGGGUGAUUGCUAAGAGAGGAUGUGACUAUAUUCUCCGUCAUAUUCCAAACAUGCACAAAGAGCAGUUUGCCCUUACAGCAUCAGAGGCCCAGCUGAAGUACAUCAAGGAAGCGGCCCUCUUGGAUGACGUGUCUGUUCAUUAUUACCGUCUUUACAAGGAUAAAAAAGAGUUGGAGGCCUCUUUAACUCUGGGACUCACUUUACGUGGAAUUCAGAUUUUUCAGAAUGUGGGAACUGUCAGGCAGCUCUUGUAUGAUUUCCCCUGGACUAACGUGGGAAAACUGGUGUUUGUGGGGAAGAAGUUUGAGAUUCUUCCUGAUGGUUUGCCAUCAGCCAGGAAGCUCAUCUACUACACUGGCUGUCCUCUGCGUUCACGACACCUCCUGCAAUUGCUCAGCAACAGCCACCGACUCUAUAUGAACCUACAACCUUUGCUCAAACAGGUUCGACGUCUGGAGGAAAAUGAAGAGAAGAAACAGUACAGGGAGUCAUAUAUCAGUGAUGCUCUGGAGGCAGAUAUGGAUCAUUUGGAUCAGCGGUCACGUGCCAGUGGCAGCAGUGCGGGCAGCACAUCACGACCGAAUCCAUUUUCACGACACUCCAGCACAAGUCACGGCAGCUCUCACACAUCCGGCGUUGACACCGACAGUUUCAGAACGCCUACAAAUGCACCUCAUCGACCACUGAGAACACACUCCUCUUCCAACACAAGCCACGCAAGCACACGCACAUCUGGCAUCGAGAGCAGCAGCAAGGAGCACUGCCUGGAUGAAGACGAGAUUGAGAUGUUGGUUGAUGAUCCAAAAAGUUGUGAAGAUCUUGAUGAUUUAGAGCUCAAUCAGGAGCUGUGUAUCCACAUCACAGAGGACAUGCUGACGUCAGCACACAACAACGGCUGCUCCGGCUUAGUGGUGAAGGAAGUCAGUUCUUCCACAUCCAGCUCGUCAGAGACUGUAGUGCGAAUGAGAGGCCAGAGCAUUGAAUGUCUCCCCCAGACGGUGAUGGGCAGGAAGGUCCAGAGCUCCACAGAUCGACACAGCCAAUCACUGGAUGAUGUUCGCCUGUUCCAGAGGAAUUGCCAGGAGUGGGCGGAGCUUUGCCAGGACACUGCGCACAGUUAUACGUUCGGCUGCGAGCCAGACCUCGGGGACACUGUCGGCUGUGGCUACCAGGGACUUGCAGAGCAGUGUGCUGGUAUCCGGAAUAACCAGAACGCAUUUCCCAUCAAGAGAACCAGCAAGUAUUUCUCUCUGGAUCUGGACAGAGAUGAUCUGACCACAGAGCUCCUGGCCACAGAAGCAGAGCCAGAGUUUGUGGUGUGAGGCAGAGAGUACUGAAAAGAGCCCCAGAACAAAACAAGGAUUACAGGACAUUAUUAUUAUUAAAAGGAAUAGUUCACCUAAAAAUUUAAAUUAUGUCAUCCUUUCCCUCCCAUGUUUUUCCAAACCUGUAUGACUUUCUUUCUUUCUUUAGUGGAAACACAAAAUAUAUGUUUUUGAUAAAAAAAAGAAAAACAGGCUACUCUUCCAUAUAAUGAAUGUGAAUGAGGACUAGGGCUGACAAAUCUCGCCAUGAAAGUAUCCUAAUAGUGAUCCAUACGACUUGUUGGAAUAUUCCAAUUCCUGUGAAGUCAUACAAUAGUUUUCUGUGAGGAAAAGUAUAAAAUUGAAGUUGUUAUUCACUGAAAAUAUUGAUAUAUGCUCUUGCUCUCCUUGGGGCAUUCAUGAGAGAAGAAGCAAUGUCUGAUUUAUCAGUGAGUCAGAAUCGAUUGAUCCUAUUCACAAAACCUAUCUGAAUGAUUUGUUCAUGAAUCUGACUGAUACAGUUCUCGAGUUCAACUCACUGACUCAACAAUCCGGACACAGCAGUUAACUGGCCACUGGUGGGGAAUAUUAUCAGCGAAUAACAACUUGUUUAUGACUUUCUUUCUUCUGCAGAACACAAACGAAGGUUUUUAGAAAAAUAUCUAAGCUCUGUCGGUCCAUACAAUGCAAGUGGAUGGUGACCAAAACUUUGAAGCUCCAAAAAACACAAAGGCAGCAUAAAGCAAUCCAUAUGAUUCCAGUGGUUUAAUUCAUGUCUUCUGAAGCUCGAUUACACUUCCUAGUGCUUGACGCAUGUGCAGAGUGCUAGAUGGUGCUAGGAAGUGUAAUAGAGAUUGAAAUCAUGAUCGCCAAGGAGACUGCUGAUGUCAUGAUUUAUAGUGAAAAAGGAGUUAUAUUUUGACAUGUUCUCACCCAAAACUGAUUUAAUUGCUUGAGAAGACAUGGAUUAAACUACUGCCGUUUUAUGGAUUACUUUUAUGCUGCCUUUAUGUGCUUUUUGAGUUUAAAAGAUUUGGUCACCAUUCACUUGCAUUGUAUGGACCUACGGAGCUGAGAUAUUCUAUAAAAAAAAUAUUUAUUUGUGUUCUGCAGAAAAAAAGUCAUACACAUCUGGGAUGGCAUUAGGGUGAGUAAAUGAGAAAAUUUGCAUUUUUUGGGUGAACUCUUCCUUUAAAUUUCACUAUUGUAUGGUUUCAGAAAUUUUUUUUCACAGAACAUAUAUUUUAUGGGGAGUUUUUGCUUGACAGGAGCUGUACAGCCCUGGUCCUCAUUCACUUUCAUUAUAUGGUCAAGAGUGGCCAGAAUAUUCUUAAAAAAUUCACCUUGUGUGUUCCACACAAUAAAGACAAGAAUGAAAUGAGGGUGAGUAAAUGAUGAUCACAUAUUGACAUUUUUGGGAGAAUUAACCAUUUAAGGAUAUUAAUGUGUGUGUGUGUGUGUGAAUCUAAAACAAACAAGAGAAUCUGCACCAUUUUAAUGCCAAAAGAGUAAAAUCUAGAAACAGCUGCCUUAACAAAGCAACCAGAUGUGUGUGUAUGUGUAUAUGUA